AUGACUACCCCGGAUCCCGCGCUCGACGACACAGACGCCCUCGACUCGCUCGAGAAGGAGGCCAGGGAGUUCGACAAGGAUGCCGAGAUCGACCGCAUUCUCAAGGCUUUCCGGCUAGAUGCCUACGCAGUCCUCGACCUCAUGCCCGGCGUGCCCGAGUCAGACAUCAAGAUGGCCUACCGCAAAAAGUCCCUGCUCAUCCACCCGGACAAGACCAAGAACCCCCAGGCCCCGGACGCCUUUGAUCGGCUGAAGAAGGCGCAGACGGAGCUCAUGGACGAGAAGCACCGGGAGCGCCUGGACGAGGCGAUUGCCGAUGCGCGCAUGCUGCUGAUCCGCGACAACAAGUGGACGGUCGACAGCCCCGAGCUCAAGACGGCCUCGUUCGCCAAGAAGUGGCGCGACAAGACGCGCGAGGUGCUCAUAGACAACGAGAUGCGCCGCAAGAGGCAGCUGAAGGCCCAGAUGCAGGAGGAGGGCCGCGAGCAGCGCAAGGUGGACGCCGAGCUCGAGGAGCGCAAGCGCAAGAGGCAGCACGAGCAAGACUGGGAGACGACGCGGGAUCAGCGGAUAGACAGCUGGCGCACGUUUCAGAAGGGUAAGUCCGGUAGCGGCGAGGGAAAGAAGAAGAAGAAAAUGAAGCCCAUCGGGUAG